CCACCAGAGCGCUCUUUCUUGAGACUGUUUUCCAUCCCCCCUGUGAUCCACCAGAGCGCUCUUUCUUGAGACUGUUUUCCAUCUCCCCCUGUGAUCCACCAGAGCGCUCUUUCUUGAGACUGUUUUCCAUCCCCCCUGUGAUCCACCAGAGCGCUCUUUCUUGUCCAUAUGACUAGAUAUACCAAGAGGACAGCAGCUUAAAGAAAUUCCAGCGCAAUAAGCAGUGUAGCCAGCGCUCCCAAACUGCUUGACUUGUAGGCCUGCCUUUGUUCUCUAAAUAAAUAAAUAAAUUGCCCGACACCAGGAGGUUGGCAGGCAUCAUUGGGUCUGGCACUGAUUGGGUUAACUAGACCACAUUGUCAGACUGUGAGCCACCGACCCUGCCGAGCACUGCCACCCAUGCUAUCAUAUUGCACUCAACUGUCUAGACCAUUUCACCAGCUAUGAAUCUCUAAUAAUUCAGGGUCAAAUUUGUGGCUUUACCGUGUAGCAGCGACGGGCCAAAUUUGUGGCUUCACCGUGUACCAGCGACGGGCCAAAUUUGUGGCUUUACUGUGUAGCAGCGACGGGCCAAAUUUGUGGCUUUACUGUGUAGCAGCGACGGGCCAAAUUUGUGGCUUUACUGUGUAGCAGCGACGGGCCAAAUUUGUGGCUUUACUGUGUAGCAGCGACGGGCCAAAUUUGUGGCUUUACUGUGUAGCAGCGACGGGCCAAAUUUGUGGCUUUACUGUGUAGCAGCGACGGGCCAAAUUUGUGGCUUUACCGUGUAGCAGUGACGGGCCAAAUUUGUGGCUUUACCGUGUAGCAGCGACGGGCCAAAUUUGUGGCUUUACCGUGUAGCAGCGACGGGCCAAAUUUGCCCCAUGAUAUAAACCCCUCAAAAAAGAUGAUGCAUAAACUGAUCACAAAUGUGUUGAUAUAUUAUAUUAUGAAAUGGUUUGCGUGAGUGAUGAUUUUUUCUCAUUUUUCUCGCUUAGAGGGACCAUUAAGAAACAUGACCCCCGCUGUACUGGGUUAAAAGCUAAGUAAAUUCCUGAUUCUGUGAGUGAGCUUCAGAGAGAGGGAGUAAGUUGAGAGGAAAACAUUACUCUCAGACCUGUUUAUCAUAUGAUCCCUGCCAUCUUAAAAAUUGAUGAGAGUUCCAGUUGAAAUACAGGGUCGUAUUCUUAAAUCAAACUUCUGUAACCACAGACCCCAUACAUCAGACAAUGAUAUUCUUAAACAACCAUCAUGCCCAUGGCUACCACAGUUCCGACAGUCACGAAGGGUGUGUUCUUAUAUCCCACCUCUGGGACCGGGGUGCCGAUCAACGCACCAAAUUGUCGGGAGACUGUCGGGUCCGUCACCCUUCUCACAAGUAUUGUGGGGCGUGUUAUUUUGUCCGAUUUGCAUGUUCACAACGUCACACUACCACCAGGGUCAUGAAACUACUCCUGGAAAUACCCGCAACUCCUAUGAAAGCCUUGUCAAAUAUGUGUUUCUUCAGGUUCACGGUACAGAGGAAGGGUCACACUACCACCAGGGUCAUGAAACUACUCCUGGAAAUACCCGCAACUCCUAUGAAAGCCUUAUCAAAUAUGUGUUUCUUCAGGUUCACGGUACAGAGGAAGGGUCAAACUACCACCAGGGUCAUGAAACUACUCCUGGAAAUACCCGCAACUCCUAUGAAAGCCUUGUCAAAUAUGUGUUUCUUCAGGUUCACGGUACAGAGGAAGGGUCACACUACCACCAGGGUCAUGAAACUACUCCUGGAAAUACCCGCAACUCCUAUGAAAGCCUUGUCAAAUAUGUGUUUCUUCAGGUUCACGGUACAGAGGAAGGGUCACACUACCACCAGGGUCAUGAAACUACUCCUGGAAAUACCCGCAACUCCUAUGAAAGCCCCUCCAGUGGCCGCAAGCCCUCCUGGACCCCCCCACGGAUCCCGACGUCAUACUAUGAAUAUAUGAUAUCUGUAACUUGCCUGCUCCUUGAUGCUGUAAAUGGACACAGUCACCCCAGGACAGCCCAGGGGUUUGUCCUGGAGCAGAACUAUCGGACGAUCAUGUCGCCAUUCUCCGUACACUCCACCUGGCCUGUACGGCACUCUUUUCUUCCUCUCUGUAGCACACAUUCCAUUCCUUUGUUCUGUUAA